AUGAUAGAUAUCAAUAUGGAAAGUGAGAAUGCAGUAAAUGUAAUCACUGAUGAGUUAUCGGACACCACCACCACGACAACAAUAUCAACAACAACUGGAACACUGACACCAACCAUAACAAAUACAAUUUUUAAUAAAACAUUAUUUACUAAUGAUGCCAGCAUUAAUCAUCAUACAAAUACUGUAACAAUUAAUAAUUUUUCUUUGAAUCCAAUUGAAGUAGCAAAUGCUGCCAAAGUUGCUUUACUUAUGGCACAUCCAUUAGAAGAACCAAAACGUGUAGCAUGUGCUAUCUGUGCGAAACGUUUUAAAAAUCAAUCUGCUCUAAAUGGUCAUAUGCGAUUACAUGGUGGUUAUGGACCGGCUGGUUUGAUUGGUGGGAAUAACACCUCCACCACCACGACAACGACAGCAGUAACAACGACAUCACUAUCAAAUCAAACCUAUACUGCUACUACUACUAUUGAUUGCAGUAGUAAUGAUAAUCAAGAAAGUAAUAAAGCAAUACAUUUUAAUUUAUUUCAAACAAGCUCUGGUCAUAUAAAGAAAAAUAACAAUGUUUCAGAUUCCAAGAAAAAAGGCUACUCAACAUCUAGUGAUAUAGACUCUUUGAAGUCGUUCAGUUUAAAAUCUCAUUCAAAGGCUUUUACAGCAUCACAAAAUAGUUACGACUCCGUUUUAUCAAGUGUUGUUGGAACAAAUACUAGGCCUACUACAUUUGUGAUGACUUCAGCUGCUUCUUCGAAUCCUUCCACUUCGACCGAUUUGUCGACAACAAGAGCUACUAAUACAACAAUAACAUCGAAUAGUUCCAUUAAAAAUGUCAAUUCACCUAGUUCCACUCUAUUUGACUUGGUUAAUACAUCAUUAAAUACUUCAGAUUUGAAAAUGCAGUCGUCUAAUAGUCAUGAUCAUCGUCAUCAUCCGAUGAAUAGUAAUAUUAAUAAUGAUAAUAAUACUUGGUCAUAUCCACUUAACAAACAAAUAUUAGAAUCAUCUUAUAACACUUCAUUGAUUGAUCACUGUUGUAAUAGCCCUAAUAUGUUAGGUCAACAGCAAAAGUCACAGUUAACAUUUGAUCACCAAAAUGAGGCUUUAUCAAAUAUUGUGGUUAGUUGUCAUCAUUGUCAACCUCAUCAGCCUCUGUCAACAUCAGCAUCUUCAACAUCUAUUCAUGAUAGUUUAUGGUUAUCACAACAUGAUGAUCAUACAUCAGGACAACAACUGUUUCGCAUAAAUUCGUCAGAAUUUGAUCAUAUUGUUGAUAUUAUUAAAAAAGAUACUCAUAUUACUACUAAUACUAUUACUGAUAAUGAUAGUAUUAAAAAUUGUCGUCAUGUACCAGUUGAUGAAUUAUCUGUGUUAAAAUUCGGUUCAGCAUUUUCUUCAACCUCAUUGGAAAAAACUACCACACCAGUAUCAACAACCACAUCGAAUAGCAGUUGUUCAUUAUUAUCACGAAAUGAAGAGUUUCCUCUGACAAUGAGCACAUCGUUUCCGUCUGAAACAGCAAUGUUAAUAACAGACCAGGGUACAACGCCAUCAAUAAAACAUACAUGUUUACCAUCAUCAAUUCAUUGUUUAUCUAAUGCAAUCACUACUACUUGUAGUAAUAAAUUUCUCAAUUCUUCAUCACAACGAUCUGAAUUAUUUGGUUUAAUGAAUAAUGAUGAUUGGUGGCAUCCUAUUUCAAACCAUACAAGUAGUAAUAAUGACAUUAGUGUACCGUGUCCAAUAGAUAUGCAUAUAUUUGACCAGAAAUGGCCAUCUAUUGAACAUAUCCAAUCAUCGAAUAAUGAUGCUAAUAAUUUAAAAGUGUUAGCAAAUUUUCAAUUAAAGAAUACUACAAGUACUGCUGCUUUUUUUGAUGAAAAACAUAUGAUACAUACUACUAAUAUUAGUAAUGAUAGUAAUAUUAUGCCACCAAAUAUUCAUUUGACAUCAUUACUAAAACUGAACAACAACGAACCUCCUCAUGUCUCAUCAUCAAUCAUACUUAAUUCUUCAUCGCUGUCAUCUUCACCACCACUGUCAUCCUCCUCUUGGUCAACACAACAACGAAAACAAGCUCAUAAAUCUAAUUUUCACCGUCCAAUACCUCAACCUUUACAAUUAAUUAAUGAACCGAAUUAUCAAACACAACUUGGUAUUAGCAGUCAGUAUUCACCAAUUACACCGGCACCAAUGAAUAUGUCUAUGCAUACAUUAACAACAGAAUGUGGAGGACCUACUAACACUACUAUCUCAUCGUCAUCGGUAAACAUAACAACAUUAACCAACUGUAUCAAUUUUGAUUCAAAUCUAUUUAUUACUGAACAUCAACAUCGUCCAGUAAAUAAUAAUGUUGAAUGCGACAAUUCUAACAAGUCUUCAUCGUCUAUAUGUUGUUUUGAUCCUAAUCGAUUAGGUUUGGGAAAUUUUCCCGAUUCAUUAUUAUUUCCUUCAAUGUAUAAUAAUAAUAGUGGUAAUCUAAUCGUUACUGAUAAUACUAAUAAUAAUUUUGUAGGAAAAAUGUUUUCUCAUAUUGAUUCAUUCAAUGUUAAUAAUAACAGUAUAAAACCAUCGGAUAUUUCUAUGAUUCCAUCAAUGAAUCAUACAUUACUAAAUCAUGAUCGUUUAUUGAAUAUAACAACACAGAAAAGAAAUUUAUCAAAACAUCAACAUUAUCAACAACAACAAAUGAAUAGUCAACAAAAUCAACAUCAUCAUCAUCAAUAUCAACAAUUUCAUGACCAACUUAAUAAUAGUAAUUGUCAUGAUAAAUUAUAUGAAUCGAAAGGUAAUUGUACCGUUUGUUAUUCACAACAUCAUCUUUAUCAUCAAGUACAACAACAACGAAAACAACAGCAUUCAGAACCUAAACAAUUGAUUGAUCAUAUUGAACAACAUCAAAAUCCAUUAAAUAUUUGUCUUUUACCACCACCAAUAUCAUCAUCAUCAGUUCAGUCAUUACAAUUAAACAUUCCACCGUCAAGUUCAUCAUAUUACCCUAAUCGUCAUCAAUAUCAUGAACAAGGAAAUGGUAAUGAUCAUUUUAAUAAUAAUAAUAUUACUACAAAUUGUCGACGGAAUACAGAACCAUCGUCACAUACUUGUUCUCAAUAUUCAUAUUAUCAACCUGUCGCAAACUCAUUAGGAAGUAUAGAUUUUACACGUCAAUCCACACAUGAAUUUAUUAAUACUUCUACAGUGCAUAAUAACGAUAGUAUUCUUAUACCUUCCACAUGCAUUUCAUCAUUGAAUCCAAAUUGUUGUUCUUUAAUGAAAAUGACAUUAUCAUCGUGUUGUAAUUCAUCAGCUAAAACAGUAGCUACAACAACUUCUCCACUGUCUAUUGCAACAUCUUCAAAUUUCAUUCAUGCAAUAAGUGCAACUAAUAUUACUCAUGGUUGUAGUAGUAAUCAGUACUCAUUAUCAGUGAAUGGAAAUAAUUGUUUUAAUUUAAGCCGAAAUCGAUUACAAUAUAAACAACCGCUUCUUGGACCACCACUAUCGUCCACACUGCAUUUUGGACAAGAACACCUUUAUUCUCUUCCACCACCACCACAUCAUCAUCACUACCAUCAUCAUCAACAACAACCAACGAAGUAUCCAGUAAUGUCAUCCACCUCAUCCUCAUCGAAUCAUGGGAUUUAUUCUUGUUUGGAUAAAAUUGAUAAUUGUCGCUUUUUCAAUGGGUCCGAAUUAUUAUUGCACAAUCAACUUAAUCAUAUGAAUGGUUCUAUACGAAAUCAUCACAAUAAUAUAAGUAAUAAUAAUACUAAAAAUAAUGUUAAUAAUAAUGAUCAUAAUUACAAACAUUUAUUCCGUUGUGAUGAACAACCGGAUUCAUUUACAAAAUAUACAUCUAGAAGUCAUUGCUGUUUAACCUGUUUAGAACUAGAAAGGAAACGACAUAUUUCUGCACCAGCAGUUAAUAGUAUUUCAUCACAAUCCCCUUGGCCAUCAUUAUCGUUAACAUCCUCGUCAUCUUCAUUGUCUGUACCAUUAUCAUUAUCGUCCCAUAAUUCAUCAAUUUCACCGUUAACCUGUCCUGGCAAUCCACAGUCCCAUUUGCAACCAUCAGCUUUAACGAGCCGUAAAAAUGAAUUUAUGAAUAAAUCUUAUUCCUGUCUACCGGAAUAUCAUAAUCAUCAUUAUCGUGUUCAUCAUCAUUAUCAUCAUCGCGGUCACUAUUGCAAAGGUACUAGUUCCAGUGAAGGAGGUGUUGGUGACCAGCCAUCAAGUGAUGUCGUUGCCGAAUUGUUAAUGCAAAGCCAUAUUACUGAUCCAGAUGGAAUAUCAUCAUUAACAUGUGAUAUACAUAAUUCUUGUCCAACAACACCAGAACUGUCGUUAACUCCUAUCCCAUCACCAGCACUAGCACAACCACCACAACUACCGUCACAACACCAAAAACCUUUAUUAGUAGCAAGAUCUACAGCAGAAACAGUUGACCAGUCAUUCUCUAUUUUAGAAGAUGAAUGUUUAUACCGACCAAUAAAUAUUAUGAACAACAUGUCAAGUAUAUUUCCAACUAAUAAAAUGACAUGUAUUCCAUCAUCGUCAUCAUCAUUUCUAGGGCCAUCAUUAUCACCGGCAACAUCACCAGCAUUACCGUUUUCAUUAUCAUCGAUAUCACAAGAAGAAACAACAUCUUUCUUUUCAUGUACUGAUUCACAUUUAAUGACUAAUUCAUUUCGUUCUAUGGAUAUAGAAGAUUUGAGUAUUGAACAACAUCAACAACAGCACUUUUCGAAAGUACCAACUCAUCAUCAUCAUCAUGAACAACAACAUCAAAAAUUGCCUAUCAGUUUACAUCUUCCAAUUACUUCUUCAUAUUCAGUGUCCAAUUUAAAUCAGUCCGAAUUAUUGGACCUGACUGUACCACCAUCGAUUACACAAAAUAAUAAUAUUGUCAACUGUGAUGAUCACGAUGAAAUGAUCAAAAAAACAACAAAUCAGACAACAUCCAAUAAUAAUAUUAAUAAUAAUAAGUAUCUUUGCGAUUCAGGAAAUGAUUCGGUUGCAGCAAAACUUUCCAAAUCAUUAGCUGAAGAUAAUUUAUUCCGUAAUCCAACAGCAUUACCGCCACCGAAAAAAAUGAAAAGUAAACCAGCGCCUAUUUCAAUUCCCCCACAAACCGGUGCAAAUUUGUCAAGAUUACGUUCUCCACGUGUAUGGAGUUCAAAACGAUCUUCGCUUAAUUCUAGUCCUCCACCAUAUACACCACCUCCAAUGCUUAGUCCAAUCCGUCAAGGUUCCGGUUUAUUUUCUUCAUUAUCACGAUGGGUGCCAACUCCGACAGCAGUAUCAGGGGGAGGAACAUCAUUGGCGACGUCGGCAGGAGCUCGUUCUGUCGGGAGCGGUACACUGAUGAAUCGUCGAUUCUCAAGUUAUUAUUCAUCGACCUCCCAUCAUAAUGACUCAGAACUUACUACUAUUCCUAAUACUUCUACUGUGUGUGCCACUGGCAGUGGGGUCAAUAGUGGUGGUCAGUUGAAACGACGUCAUGCAAGUAGCAGUGGUACUAGGAGUAAUACCAGUGAGAUUAGCAUUUCAAAUCAGAGUAUUAAUAUGGUAGAUUCUAGUAAUAAUAUAUUUACUGGCCCUACUAAUAAUAAUAGUUAUGACAAUAACAACGUAAAUACAGGCUCAAUCACUGACUUGUAUAUGCGUGAUGUAAAUCGACCAAUAGCCUAUACACGUAGACGACGUCAACAACUCACACCAAAGUCCGCUCCUGUGUUAAUUCUCAACUGUAAUACGACGAAAAAUUCGGCAAAUCAAUCAAGAGAUCUUCAAGACAGUGAGUUAUCACUUCAAUCUCAACAACAAUUCUCUAACACUGAUACCGUAUUUGGUUAUGAUGAUGAGACUAUGCGCCGUUUUGCGGAAGCCGAUGAAGCCUACCGGUUAAAUAGACAAAAACAUCAAAAUAAACGUUAUUCACGUCGUCGACAUGAUACUGAGAUAAAUGCAUCUAAUGAUCAAAUCAAUCACCAUACUACUACUGUUCCUACCGAUGAUGAUGAUAAUAACAGUAAUGAAUCAAUUCUUAAUAAAACUGAUCACAGUUUCAACUUUGCUGAUGAACAGUUGUUAAAUUUUGAUUUCGAAAUGAAAACUAAAGAGACAAACUAUUCUGAAACAACAAUACAAUUUAAUAGCGAUGUUGAAUUAGACUCGGAGCAUGAAAUGGAGGAUGAAGAGGAUGAUGACGAUGAAGAAGGUGUUCCAACUAGUAUUAUUCCGCAUAUCAAUGUUGGUCACGCUUAUCAAGCAGAAAUUCCUGAUUUUUGUCAAGAAAUUACAUCAGAUGAAACUAACAAAGAAUCAUCAUCCAACUGGGAAAUGUUACUGUGGUAUCCAGCUUAUCUUGAUGAACAUGAUCCUAAGAAUAUAGAGUCAUUAAAUUUACUGACAAAAAUUGCCUGUUCACCAGCUGUACGUAAUUGUGGAUUAAAUAUGGAAUAUACAUUUCAUUUAUUGUGUAAAUAUAAAGGUGAUGUAGAAAUGACAUUGCAUGCUCUAUUACGUGAUACAUUAGUUGUGUAUGAUUAUGUUUAUGCUGAAACUACAGCUUGGACAACUGAAGAGAUUGUACGCUUUCAACAAGGCUUAGCUAUGCAUGGAAGAGAUUUUCAUCAAGUUUCAAAGGAUUUACAAGCAGCUGGAAUGAAUAAAACAGUUAAAGCAUGUGUAGAAUUCUACUAUGUAUGGAAACGAAUGAAUACACCAUCUGAUGUUAAAUGGUAUAGAGAAAGAGCACGACGUCAACGUCCACUUGCUCGUAUAGAACCAAUAAUCACAGAAGAAUCAUUAUCGGAACAAUUUGAAGCUAUUGAACAAUGUAAUACAUAUACAACAGAUAUGAAUUCAAUACAAACAUUAGACAAUAAUAUUAAUAAUAAUAAUAAUAAUUCAAUUAAUGUGCCUUAUAAUUUACGUCGUAAACAACAACAAACAACAAUAUCAGUUCAACCACCACCAUCAUCAUUAUCAACAAACUUGAAAUCAGAUCAUCAAUUGACUACUAAAGUGAAUACCAACGAUAUUGUUGUGAAUAAUGAUAAUAGUAAUUCCUUGGAAAAUUCCUAUGAUGAUUUUAUGGAUAUUGUUUUCAAUGAAGAUUCCAAAUUAGGGUUUGACUCGUGAUGCAGUUUGAUGAUUUCAAUUAGAUCUUAAUCAGACUUUACUGUAUUAUAUCAACCAAGGACGUUUGUGGGUUGACGAUAAAAAUGAAGCAGAUUGCAUAACUGAAUAUAAAUUGAUGAUGAUAUAACAGGUAAACUAUUCUCGAUAAGCAUUCUAAUGGCUAAAAUCAAUGUUUCAAUAUAGGAAGUAGAUCCAAACUUGGAAAAAAUAAACACCAAGAUAUAUAUAUAUGCGGGGGAUAACUUGUUGAAAACCCCUUUACUUUAAACUACAAUUCAAUAGAGAUGUAGCUAGCGUUGUUCUUCACAGUAAAACUAAUGAGAACUGUUAAAAGAACGCUGUAUACGGUUAAUUUUACGUUUUCAUUUUCUAGUCCACGGAUAAGAUCUAUCCAAAUAAAGGAUACUUCACUUGCGCUUACCUCUUCAGUAUGUAACCAUAAAUUCAGAUGCUCCUAUAAAGAGAUAGCUGUAUAUUCGAUUUAGAACCAAUCAAAUUAACCAACGAAUAUAUAAAUAUCUCUCUGUUUGUGAAAGAGUUUAAUAAAAACAAUACUUAGCUUUAUUUGACCACACUUGAUCAACACAGAUCAUGUAAUCAAAUCAUUCCCAUAAGAGUUCAAUCAUCUCUUACAUAUACUCUACAACGAUUCCAAUCUAUGACCCUAACUUAUGUAUUCUUUGACCACAUAAUCGUUUACAAACAACUUGGCUAAUCAUCAUUAUUGAUUGCUUUCUCUCACCUUCUUUUGUAUAGUUUGUUCAUUACCUAAUCACUACUUGAACACAUUUUAUUAUGCAAUUUUGACAAUGUUUGAAUA